AUGGAUAAACUCCAGCUCACUCUUCACGCACUCCAGCAUCAAAGCAUUCAUUUCCUCAAACUAUACGCUCAGCACCCCUGGCUCUACACCGCAGCAUGCCUCACAGCCUACCUCACUCUCACCCUAUCCCUCCGCUUCCAACGCCUCCGCAGCAUCCAAGCGAAAUACCACAAGUACUCAACCCGGGCAUCCUUCGCCAGCAUGACCGACCACGACGCCUGGGCGAUUCAGAAGCGAAUCCUCCAGCUCGAGUUCCCAUUCACCGCGCUGAAAGCCCUGCAGUUUGCUCUCUUCCGCGUACUCCCCCCCAAAGCUUUCCCCGCCGCUACCUAUGGCAUCCCCACCAUCUCCACCCUCCUCCUGCACACCUCCCAAUUCUCCAACCCAUCCACCAGCUUCAAGCGCUACGCCGACACCGGCGUCCUCAUCGGCGAAUUCAUGGGCUUCGAGCCCACCUCCGACCGGGCAAUCACCGCCCUCGCGCGCACGAAGCUCCUGCACUCAGGCUACCGCGCCAGCGGCAAGAUCCUGGAGUCCGACAUGCUGUACACGCUUAGCCUGUUUGCGCUGGAGCCGGUGCGGUUCGUGGAGCGGUACGAGUGGCGGGGGUUGAGCGCGCUGGAGAAAUGCGCGGUGGGCACGUACUGGAAGAGUGUGGGGGAUGCGCUGGGGAUUAGCUAUGCGGCGCUCCCUAGUGGGCAGCCGGGGGAGGGGGGGUUCCGGGAUGGAUUGCAGUGGUUGGAGGAGAUAAGGGCUUGGAGCGAGCGGUAUGAGGCGGAGAAGAUGAAGGCUGCGAAGGCGAAUCGGGUGGUGGCGGAUAAGACGAUGGAUGUGUUGGUUUAUGGGAUGCCUGGGUGGGUGAGGGGCCUGGGGGUGAGUGUUGCGACUUGUGUGAUGGAUGAGCGGUUGAGGGAGGCUAUGAUGUAUGAUGCGCCGCCGCGGGUGAUCAAAGCGGUGUUUAACGCUGCGGUGGUGAUCCGGCGGUUGUACCUGCGGUAUCUUGCUCUCCCGCGGCCGUACUUGAUGCGUCGCGAUGUGUUUACGGAGAAGCCGAAUGAGUAUGGUCGACACCAUGUGCAGGUGUGGAACGGGAUGCCGUACUAUGUGCGGCCGACUCUGUGGAACCGAUGGGGUCCGUUGGCAUGGGUGCAGCGGCUGAUGGGAUUGCCAUUGCCUGGCGACGACGGAGACAGGUUCUAUCCGCGGGGAUACUACACGCCCGAUGUUGGGCCCAAGUACUUUGAGGGCAAGGGACGGAAGAGCCUGGAGGAGAUCAAGGAGAAGUUGAGGAUGCAGAGGACCGGCGAGUCGCCCUUUCAUUAA